UGGCGGGCUCGAGAAGAUGGCGCGGCUGUGAGGGGCUGGAGGGGUGCGCCGUCUGACCGCCCGGUGCCGACGGCUGCCAUGGCCGACAAGUGGGAGAGCGAUCACCUCUGGCUCUGUUUGCUGGCCUUGGGCUUCCGCCCGAAACGCCACUGUGGCGUAAAACUAGGGAGGGAUAUGUUUGCUAAACCAAACAGCAGAGCAUUUUAUGUCGUUGCCCUCUUCUUGUUUACUAAGCUGGAUAAGCGCCGCGCAAGACAAACUUUCAAGCCAUCUGAGUUCAGAAAACAAGGAAGUCCUAAAUUUAGGAAGAACUGCUGUCUGUGGCUAAGAGAAAUUUCAAAGCAAAAGGAAAUAGGUAUUCCACGAAUUACGCCUUCCAUGCUCCUUUGUCCUGGUGGUGCUAAAUUUGUUCACGUGAUCUACCUUUUUGCAAGAUACAUAAUGAUUGAGAACAUGAAAAAGCUCUCUGUAGGCACUGGUAUACCUUUUGCUCAAGCUGUAAGAUGGAGACCUCGUAAUAUGUACAUAGCAGAAGCAAGACACAGAGUCGCAUACAAUAAACUGCUGCAAAAUCUUCGAAGGGAAGACUUUGUUAUUAAAGAAUACAGGGAAAAAGCACAGGUUUUAAUUAGAGAAAUAAAACAGACAGCGUCUGAAUAUGAAGUUGUGCAGAAGCAGUUUUUCAGGAUGAAACAAAAUAACCAAAACAAAAAUGACACAACUGACAAAAUUCAGAAGGUCCGCAGUAUGUGGACACUUAUAGUGGAAAUACUUACAUCUCUGAAAAAGGAAAAGGAAGUGGUGGAUUCUGUACUUCAAGACUGUGCCAACCCAUGUGUUCUGGAUGGAACUGAUGUAGCUGUGAGGGUUCCAGGGUUGCUGACUUACAGAGUUGAAAGUAACAUAUAUGGAUUUUGUACAGGAAAUUUAUAUGAAGAUGGAAAACUGAAUUUCCUAACAGUUUUUCAGUUGUUAAAUGAAGCCCUGAUGACAUUGAGAGAUGAACCUUGUCCAUGUGAAUUAAAAGAAUUUCACAGAAUUGAGGACAUGGUUACAUCUUACAAGAAGGCACUACAGGAGUUGAGAACAAAAAGUCAAAGAAGAAGGCAACAGCAUUGUGAGCCAAAGCAAGGGUCUAUUUCUAGAAAACAGGAGAUCUGGGAAUCAAAGUGGAAAGCAAUCCUUGGCCAGUGUCCUUUUAAUUUAAUCUUUAAAGAUGAUCUUCAGCUAGCUUCAUUCCAGUCUCUUAGUUCUUCAGACGAAGAUGAAGACAGUGUCCUUUUUCAGUCAUUUUCAGAUAAUAAUGACUCUCAUUAUGAAGAAUGCCUUUGGAAGAAUGAUGGAGCUUUGGAAACCAUGACAGAUACAGCAUUAGUACCCUCAAGAUGUGACUUCAUGCAGCAUGAAGGUUUUUCCGCUUCUGAGGCUACAGACAGUCACUUCCUCUCUCCCUCCUUGACGAGAUUGUUGGUUCCAUCGUUGUCAGAAGCAUCUAACAACGGGGACCUGUCAAUUGAAAAUAAUUUGCAUACUUGUGUGGGAGAUAAAAAACUUGUGCCUCCAAAAAUCUUCAGAAAUGGACAGAAAGAAUUUCCCACUUCAGCAAUGGAGGAGAAUGCAGAUGAAAAUAUUACCCAGCCAAAGUCUCCUGUGAGAAAAGACAGCCUUGAAAAAGCCAGAGAUGAAUUGGCAGAAGAGAUUGUAAAGGCAGUGAUGUCUGAGUCAACAGACAGUGCUGAAGAAGAAGGAGUGGCAUUGGAUGAGGUCUUUAGCUCACUGUCUUUUAACACAUUCUUAAUGAGGAAACAAAUAACCCAAACCCCAGAAAAUCUGCUUACUGAAAUUAGAAGUUCAUGGAGAAGAGCUAUUCAGACUGAGGGCUCGUUAGACCUAGAGCUGUCCUCAGCUGAAGUGGUGACAGAAGAAUCUUCAAUGAAUGCUACAUCCAGCAUGCAGGAGGAGGUGGGCUCUAGUUUUGUGUGCUCUGAACCUGCAUCUCCUGUAUCUGACUUAGGUCCUUCUGUGUCAGAAAAGACGUCUCAAUUAAGUUCUACAGAAUCUAGUUUUCAGGAGCAGGUAAGUCAUACAUUUGAAUCUUCAGAUUCAAAAACAUCUGGAAUUCAAGAAAGUGAGAGAACUGAAUCAGAGGAACUAGACUGCUCUGCUUUGAGUGGAAGUUCUGUAGAAGAUCUAAGCCAGACUUCUCAAAAUGCAGAGAAGAGCAUGAAUAUUCCAGGUGCUUAUUUGAAAAGUGAUAGUAGAACAAAUACAGGACCUUCAGACCACUGCUCCAGUUUUCUAAUGGGUGGGACGCUACGCUGGAAUAUAUCUGCAUUAAAUGCUGUUGUUGAUGAAACUACUGACAUGGGAAUAUUGGGUGAGACACUUCCAGAAAUUGAUAGUAUAUAUCUCAGCAUGUCUCCAAGCUCAGAGUCUGUUUUUAAUACAAUGGACAGUGAAAAUUCAAUGGAUGGCUCGAUAAAUAAGGAGGAUAUUAAAAUAUUGGACCUAGAUAUACAGUCCCCGCCCAACUCACAUGAAGUGCUAAGAAAGACUGCAUCUAAAAGUGAAGAGAAGCUGCAUCAAAAACAUAAUGGAGACAAAUGUCAGAGUAAUAAAGCUAGAUUAGGUACAAUAUCAGAAGAAGGGGAUGAUGAUGGUCCUUCCAUGGAUGAAGGGUUUACCACGAUGCCAUUGCCAAGCUCUCCUAAUGAAAGCAAAUACUCCCUGUCAUCUUUGCUGGUAUCUGGUCAACAGGAUGGUACAUGAGGGCCCACUAACUUACUACAUAAAUUGAAGGAUAAGAACAGUUGAAGCCAGGCACAAAGGAACCUUCAUCAGGAUGGAAUUUGUAAAGCAGCAGCCUAACCACAGCAGUGCAUUUAUGAU